AUGGUCAAAGCUGGGGGCGAGCCGCGCGCGGGGCCGCGCUUCCGGGUUCGGCGCGUCCGCAGCGGCAGCGCGCAGGACCGGUCCUGGGCCCCUCUCUCGUCCGCUCCCACCCCUCGGUUCUCAGCCAGGCCUGGGGUGGGGCGGCGGGAUGAGGCGGGUGCUGCCCCUAACGUACUCUGCUUGAUUUGUGUCUCCGCAGAGAAGGUGUUCGCCAGCCUCCCCCAGGUGGAGAGGGGCGUCUCCAAAAUCAUCGGCGGCGACCCCAAGGGCAACAAUUUUCUUUACACCAACGGGAAGUGCGUCAUUCUAAGAAACAUCGACAACCCAGCCGUUGCUGACAUCUACACGGAGCACGCCCAUCAGGUGGUGGUGGCCAAGUACGCGCCCAGCGGGUUCUACGUUGCCUCUGGAGAUGUAUCUGGGAAACUGAGGAUCUGGGAUACCACGCAGAAGGAGCACCUCCUAAAGUAUGAGUAUCAGCCUUUCGCUGGGAAGAUCAAGGACAUUGCUUGGACGGAAGACAGUAAGAGGAUCGCAGUGGUCGGGGAAGGAAGGGAGAAGUUUGGAGCUGUCUUCCUGUGGGACAGUGGCUCCUCCGUGGGUGAGAUCACAGGACACAACAAAGUCAUCAACAGCGUGGACAUCAAGCAGAGCAGACCGUACCGGCUGGCAACGGGCAGUGACGAUAACUGUGCCGCGUUCUUUGAGGGGCCUCCAUUCAAGUUCAAGUUUACAAUUGGCGACCACAGCCGCUUUGUCAACUGUGUGCGAUUCUCUCCAGACGGGAACAGGUUUGCCACGGCCAGCGCGGACGGCCAGAUCUACAUCUAUGACGGAAAGACGGGAGAGAAAGUGUGUGCCCUGGGAGGAAGCAAGGCUCACGACGGAGGCAUUUACGCCAUCAGCUGGAGUCCUGACAGCACCCACUUGCUGUCUGCUUCUGGGGACAAAACCUCUAAGAUUUGGGACGUCAACGUGAACUCUGUCGUCAGCACGUUCACGAUGGGCUCCACCGUCCUGGACCAGCAGCUGGGCUGCUUGUGGCAGAAGGACCACCUCCUCAGCGUCUCCCUGUCGGGAUACAUCAACUACCUGGACAGAAACAACCCCAGCAAGCCCCUGCGGGUCAUCAAGGGUCACAGCAAGUCAAUCCAGUGUCUGACGGUGCACAAAAACGGCGGCAAGUCCUACAUCUACUCUGGGAGCCACGAUGGACACAUUAAUUACUGGGAUUCAGAGACGGGGGAGAACGACUCCUUCGCCGGUAAGGGCCACACGAACCAGGUGUCCAGGAUGACGGUGGACGAGUCCGGGCAGCUGGUGAGCUGCAGCAUGGACGACACGGUGCGGUACACCAACCUCACGCUGAGGGACUACAGCGGGCAGGGAGUGGUGAAGCUGGACGUCCAACCCAAGUGCGUGGCUGUGGGCCCUGGAGGCUACACCGUGGUCGUGUGCAUCGGGCAGAUCGUCCUGCUCAAGGAUCAGAAGAAGUGCUUCAGCAUCGACGAGCCCGGCUACGAGCCCGAAGUGGUGGCGGUGCACCCCAGCGGGGAGACGGUGGCCGUCGGGGGCGCGGAUGGGAAUGUGCGCUUGUACUCGAUCCUGGGCACCACGCUGAAGGACGAGGGCAAGCUCCUGGAGGCCAAGGGCCCUGUGACCGACGUGGCGUACUCCCACGAUGGCGCCUUCCUCGCCGUGUGUGACGCCAGCAAGGUGGUCACCGUCUUCAGUGUCGCGGAUGGUUACUCGGUGAGUGGGCGGGCUGGGCGGAGCCCGCGCAGCGAGUGGCCACCACGGCCUCCCCCUACCCUCAUCGGCCAGGCAGGUGCCCGGAACCAUGGGGCAUCCUUGCUCUUGAAGCUGAACGACGUAGGACCGGGCGACACACCCUGUCGUCCAGGAGCUGGUGGCUUGUCACGGGGAGAACAGGUGCCAGAAACCCUGGGAGGCGUGCUGUGAAGACAGGCCCGUCCG